AUCAUUGUUUUAAAAGAACCAAAAUUAUACAUUUCCCAGAGAAGGGAGAUAACCAGUGCCUAAAAUCCUGUUCCAGCAAAAAAACACGGGGCCGGGGGUUAGGAGCAUUUACCAAGUGUUACCAAGCUCCAUACUGGACGACUCUCAAUCAGUUUCAUUUACUGGCCAAGAAAACACCCCCAGAGAUGGUAUCUCAAGAUGGCCCUGGGCCCAGUGGGGUUCCAAGCCUCCGUCCCUUGAAGGCAAGGCCAGAUCCUCAGGAGGAUCAGGAAAAGCAACAUGGAGGUGCCAGAGUGGGACCCACGGGAGCCGCACCCCAGCUCCCAGCGCGUCAGAAGGCGGGCAAGGGUGGCUUGGAUCCGUGCCAAGGAACGUUCUAGGCCAACCGAGAGCAGCAGCGCCUGUGAUGUUUGGCACACUGUCGUGUCUUUCUGGGCUGUCCUCCCUUCCGCAUCAGUCGCACCGGUAGCCUCCGUCCCUUUAAGAAGUCUGUGCCUCUUGGCCUCGCUUCCGCCAUGGCUGCUCAGCUGGUGGAGGACCAAGUAACCUGCUCCAUCUGCCUGGAUCGCUACCGCGACCCGGUGACGCUGCCUUGCGGGCACAGCUUCUGUGGAGGCUGCAUGCAGGACUCAUGGCGCUGCUGGGAGAAGACAUGCCCCGAGUGUCGCCAGCCCUUCCCCGAGGGCGCCAAGCUGUGCCGCAGCGUGACACUGAGCACCUUGCUGCAGACGCUGCCUCUCGAUCUGCAGGCGCAGGCGGCCGCCAUCCCGCGCCCGGAGCCCGGCGCCGGCCACAGCGCACGCUGCCCGCGCCACGGGAGGCCGCUCGAGUUCUUCUGCCUCACCGAUGGCCUCUGCGUGUGCAGCGCUUGCACAGUGCACGAGUGCCGCCUCCACGAGCGGGCGCUGCUGGACGUAGAGCGCCGCGUUCGAGAGGACCAACUGAAAGCUAGAGCGGCGGUUGCCCGGCAACAGGUCACCCAGGCUGAGACCCAGCUUCAGGAGCUGCGGCAGCAGAGCAGCCAGAUCCAGAGUUCAGCCUGCACCCUGACCUCAGUGGUCUCCAGCAGAUUCAGCAGCCUGCUACAGGCGCUGGAGAAGCUGCGGGCCUUGACACUGAGGAACAUAGAGGUAGCCAAGAAGCGGGCUCUGGACCAGGCUCUGAGUGAGAUACAGCGGCUAACCGACCACCUGGAGGUCCUGUCCCAGUAUGACCACAGUGUCCAGGAUCUCCUGGGGCAAGUGGAUGACUCCAUCUUCUUCCAGGAAUUACAGCAGCUCUCUGAGCCUGUGGAGUCCCCCGGGCCACUGACCGCUCCACAGUGGGAUGAAGAGCAGCAGCUGAACAGCGUGAAUGAGAUGCUUGGCCCACUAUGUGAACUCCUCCUUGAAGAGAAGCCCCCCAGGGUGGCAGGCAAAGCUGGCCCUGUGGAUUAUCGCAACCUGACCUUUGACCCGGACUCUGCCAACCAGUACUUGUACUUGUCCCACAAGGACCAGCAGGUGACACACCAUUUCCAGGCCCAGGGCCCAGCCAGGCCAGGCAGCUUCGAGCUGUGGCAGGGGAGCAAAGGGGACAGAGAGCUGCUGUAUGGGGAACAGAGGGACCACUUGGACACAUCUUUGAGAAGCCUUCUCAACCUAGAAGCACCUUCUCCCCUUCAGAGCCAGGCAUGUCUAUAUUCUGCGCAAACCCCAACAGCCUGGCCACCAAACCACGGAGCAGGGGGGUGCUGUGGCUCAGCCUCCCAGCCACGCCUGGAGCUUGGCAAGCGCUUUACAGUCAUGAUCAAGAGCCACUGUGGAGACCAACGUAUGGAACUCAUUAUGAGGUUUCCUGCCAAGCCGGGUCCACCCAGGCUGUCUCCCACACGGCUCCUUCUGUCCAGAAGGCCUUUUCCCACCCCGUCUCCUUCUGCCUGGCUCCUAGCAGCUUGGGACCACCCAAGCUCGGGUGCAACUUCCACAGUCCUACCAUCCCCGGACUGUCCAGGGUCCCAGGCAUCAGUGUGCUUCUCUUUUGACACUUGUUACCUACCUAAGGGGGGCAAUUUAACAACUGGAAUGUGUGUGUGUCCCUUCAGAGUCUAUUUUCUAGAAUUCUAACCCUGAGAGGAUGGCAUUAGGAGGUGGGACCUUCGGGAAAUACGUCAUGAGAGUGGAGCCCGUAUGAAUGACAGUACCCACAGCCAGUGGCUCACCACCACCUAUAAUUCUAGCUCCUAGAGAUCAGAUGCCCCCUUCUGGCCUCUUCAGGCACAUACACACAGUAUAUAUACUCGCAUGGAAAUAUAUACCUAAGUAAAAACUAAUAGUA